AUGUAUGGUAGAUUAGGGUGUCAUCCACCCGCCCCUGUCACACACUCUCAGUUUCACUCCUCGAUUUAUUCAGGGCAGUGUCAUUUAUCGAGUGUACCAUAUUCAGCUACACAUCCACAUUUACCUCUUCAUCCAAAUCAACAGGGAUCGACUAGUGUCCGUUUCCCGUUUAAUCCAACACUUCAUCAGCAACAAAUAUAUCAACAGGCGGGUUCUCCAAUUGGGUUUAAUAAUACUGAUGCAUUAUUAUCUACAGAUAUUAUGAACCAUCAACAGCUUUAUAGACAACAACACCUGUCAAACCAGAUUCCACCAGCAGUACAACAACUGACACCGUCACAAAUUAGGAACAACAAAGUCGAAAAUAAAGCGAGCUACAACUCAACUCAGGUCGCGCCGAUGCUAGUAGAUUAUACGCGUUCCCCAAAAUUACCUCAGAAUAGGACUGAGGUAAACGCAGAGCAUGCACCUCCAUCGAUAACUAACCACGUGAACGUUGUGAACGCUGCUCAAUCUAUGAUGACACACCAACUCCCAGCUGUUCAUAUCGUAAUUGAACAAACCUCAUCAUGACAGAAAGACAUCGGUGCAUUUCUUACAAUGAACAUCCCAAACCUUCGUCUAUGCUUUAUUAAAUUUUAUGCUUCAAAAAAAUCAUAUUCAUUAGAUGACUUAGCAACAAUGAAAUCAUUUAAAUGGUCAGAUAAAAUUAGUAACUCUUCAAUUAAAAUCAUGUUACCGAAAUUUGGUCCAACAUGCUGUAGUGCCAUUAUUUAUACAGUUAAGAUGGAUGAGGACACUAACAACAUUCUAGAUGAAAUUAAAAACAAAUAUCCAUCGACAUUGAAUCUACUGAGAAUCAAAUCAUUGAGAACAAGUAAAGAAUGUACAGUUUGCCGAGUGGAUUUUGACAACAUAAAGAAACUUUUCUCAAAAAUAGGGAAUUCCUCUAUAACCACAUUAUUCACACUAUAACCAAUUAUCAAAACCCAAUGUUAGGUAUUAGGUGUUUUAAAUUAGUUUUAAUAGUGUUUUAAUUUAUGCUCAGAAUGUGGUCACGCUCAUUUGAAGGAUGCCUUAUGUAACCCAACCCCAUAUUGCCCAAAUUAUUAUGGUAAUCAUCCUCCAAACAGUAACGACUGCCAAAAAAAACUAGAAUAUAUGAAAGCAAUUAGAGAACAAAUAAAAAACAAUCCAAUUGAAACCUCAGCAAAAUUAAUAAACCAUCAACACCGAUCAUAUGCAGAGGUAACAUCUUCAACAUCCUAUGAAAGCAAUACUCGGGUAUAUUUUGAGAAAGCA